GUCGGUGGCGAUCGGGGCUCUCCGAGCGCGCGGGGCCUUUGCCGCCCCCGGAGACCGCGGCGGCACCGCCGGGUCCGGGCCGCCGCGGGACGCAGCGACACCUCCCCGGCCUCAGCCGGCCCCUCGCCGGCCACCACGGACGUGGAGGCGGCGGCGGCGGCGGGCGGAGCCGGGCCCGGCCCGGAGGGACGCGAGUCCUCCCGCCGCGGGGGAGUCUGCCCCGCCGCUCGGUAGGGGCCGGAGGGAGGGCUUGCUCGGCCCUCUCGGCGCCGGGGCCUCGGCGGCCGGGCUCGCCCCUCAGGGGCUGCGCUGAGCCCCGGCCGGCGGUGUGUGGGCUGCCGCGGCUGCGGGGCCGCGCUCCCGGCGCCGCUGGGGCCUCCCGGCGGGGAGGGAGGCCCGGCCCGGCGCUCCCCGUGAGGGGCCGGGGACGGGAACGGAGGAGCCCCAUCUCCUCGGCCAGCACCUUUGUUUCUCGGGCCCUGCCGCGGGAGAGGAGCGGCGGGACGCGGGCGGCGAGCUCCCGGUGCCCCCGGUCUAUUUGGGGCCUUCCUCCCCCGCCUGUGCUUCCCGGGCGCUGCCUCCCUCCUCGGUGGGUUUCUCUCACCCCUCUCGGCUGGAUAUCGCGGCUCCGGAGCAUCGUCGGUGGGACCGGCCGGGCCGAGAGCGGGCGGAGGAAACAGCAGGUCUCCCUUCUCCUCGCCUUCCAAAGCCAUACCAGCGUCUUGCUCUUGGGAUUAUAAAUGUUUGAACUCAGACCCAGGAAACUGGAAGGGGAGCCUCCCGUUGGAAUUAAGAGAAGAGACGAGAACGGAGGCUUUUCUAAAUCCUUUACGGGAAAGCUCUUGCCGUUUUCCCAUGCUGUCCAUACUCUUUUUAAUAAUGCGAUUGUGACCUGAGUGGAAUUUAGGAGCGAUGAACUAUUGAAGCUUGUUGCACCACUGCAUCAGACUUCUGUUUUCCCGCCCCCCCCUCAGCACAUGAUUCCCCCAUUCCAGCUGUUGCAGGACCUAUGGGCCAGUAAUAGAGGGAUGGGAAGCUGAGACAGUUUAUUUUAACAUUCUUCUGUUCUGGGGACUUGGCUAGUUAGCUGAAGCUGCUGCUGCUGCUUUUUGCUGGAUCUGCUCUUUACUCGGCAGGUUUAUUUGAUUUCAUGUGCACGGGGUGUUUAAAUUAAAUAGACAUUGGACUGGAGCUGAAUGGAUGCCUUGCGAUCUGAAAGGUUUUUGGGGGUAACAAAAAUCUACUAAAAACAGAGAAGAACUGGUACUGCAGGAAACCUGGGGCCUGUUUUCCGAGCCUUUUUAUUUUAUUGAGCAAGAUGAUGUGUGAGGUGAUGCCAACCAUCAGUGAGGCAGAGAUUCCCUCUGGGGGAAAUGGAGGCCAUGGUUCAGGUUCCCCGUUACAGUCAGAUGCUGAUUCCCAUUUUGAGCAAUUAAUGGUAUCCAUGUUGGAAGAAAGGGAUCGCCUUCUGGAAACACUAAGAGAAACUCAGGAGACGCUAGCAUUGACCCAGGGCAAGCUACAUGAAGUUGGUCAUGAGAGAGAUUCCUUGCAGAGACAGCUCAAUACUGCACUUCCACAGGAAUUUGCAGCGCUUACAAAAGAGCUAAAUGUAUGCAGGGAGCAGCUGCUUGAAAGGGAAGAAGAAAUUGCUGAGCUGAAAGCAGAAAGAAAUAAUACAAGGCUCUUACUGGAACAUUUGGAGUGCCUUGUCUCCAGGCAUGAGCGAUCUCUCAGAAUGACUGUUGUAAAGAGACAAGCUCAGUCUCCGGCAGGAGUUUCUAGUGAAGUAGAAGUUCUCAAAGCACUAAAAUCUUUAUUUGAACACCAUAAAGCCCUUGAUGAAAAGGUAAGGGAGAGGUUACGAGUAGCACUUGAAAGAUGUAGCUUAUUGGAAGAAGAACUAGGUACUACGCAUAAAGAGUUAAUGAUUCUGAAAGAGCAAAAUAAUCAGAAGAAAACACUUCCAGAUGGGAUGCUGGAUAUAAAUCACGAACAGGAAAAUACACCAACUACAAAUGGGAAGCGAUCCUCUGAUGGUUCUUUAUGCCACGAUGAAAACCUUGCUAAAGUGAUUGAACUCCAAGACAUCAUAGAUAAGCAAAACAAAGAGCAGACACAAAUGAAAGAACGCCUUACUGCUUUGUCUAGCAGAGUAACAGAGCUGGAAGAGGAUCUUGACACAGCUAGAAAAGACUUAAUAAAAUCUGAGGAAAUGAAUACGAAGUUACAGAGAGAUGUACGAGAGACUAUGGCCCAAAAGGAAGACAUGGAAGAGAGAAUUACAACUCUUGAGAAACGCUACCUCGCUGCACAACGUGAAGCUACAUCUGUGCAUGACCUCAAUGAUAAACUUGAAAAUGAAAUUGCCACUAAAGACUCCAUGCAUCGACAGAGUGAAGAUAAGAACAGGCAAUUGCAAGAACGACUGGAACUAGCUGAGCAAAAGCUGCAGCAGACUUUGAGAAAAGCUGAAACUUUGCCAGAGGUGGAAGCUGAGCUGGCACAGAGAGUUGCAGCACUUUCAAAGGCUGAGGAGAGACAUGGCAAUAUAGAGGAACGACUGAGACAGAUGGAAGCACAGCUAGAAGAAAAGAAUCAAGAACUGCAAAGGGCAAGACAGAGAGAGAAGAUGAAUGAAGAGCAUAAUAAGCGUUUGUCAGAAACCGUUGAUAAGCUUCUGUCUGAAUCUAAUGAAAGGCUUCAGCUUCAUCUCAAGGAAAGGAUGGCUGCCUUGGAAGAUAAGAAUUCACUUCUUCGAGAAAUUGAAAAUGCAAAAAAACAAAUAGAGGAACUUCAGCAUGAAAAGGAUCAACUUUUAAUAAAUGUUGAAGCAUUAAGGGCUGAAAAUGACCAAGUGAGACUCAGAGCCACAUCACUUCAUCAUAGCCGACCAGACUUCAGGUACCCUGUGACAUCUUCGUCUGUGGCUGACAGUCAUACAGACUCCUAUGGCACCUCGUCAGUGUUAAGGCGUCCCCAGAAAGGACGUUUGGCAGCUCUCAGAGAUGAACCUUCAAAGGUUCAGACUCUGAACGAGCAGGACUGGGAGCGAGCCCAGCAAGCAAGUGUAUUGGCAAAUGUGGCACAAGCAUUUGAAAGCGAUGUUGAUGUUUCUGACAUUGAGGAUGAUAGGGAGACUAUAUUCAGUUCAGUUGAUCUGCUGUCACCAAGUGGUCAGGCUGAUGCUCAGACUUUGGCCAUGAUGCUUCAAGAACAGUUGGAUGCAAUCAACAAAGAGAUUAGACUUAUACAAGAAGAAAAGGAAAACACAGAGCAGCGUGCAGAGGAGAUUGAAAGCAGAGUGGGUAGUGGAAGUUUGGAUGCCCAUGGCCGGUUCCGGUCCAUGAGCUCCAUUCCUCCUCCCUAUGCAAGUGGUUCACUUGCUGGUUCUUCCCCGCCUGGCAGUGGCCGCUCCACCCCAAGGAGAAUUCCACAUAGUCCAGCUCGGGAAGUGGACAGACUAGGUAUCAUGACACUGUCUACAGCUUCUAGAGAAGAGGUACGAGAUGAUAAAACCACAAUAAAAUGUGAGACAUCACCACCUUCUUCACCUCGAUCUUUGCGUUUGGACAGAGUCCAAAAGGGAGCUUUGCAUACAGUGAGCCAUGAAGAUAUCAGGGACAUAAGAAAUUCAACAGGCUCGCAAGACGGGCAAACAAGUAAUCCUAGUAGCAGCAACAGUAGCCAAGAUUCCCUUCAUAAAGCUCCCAAAAAGAAGGGGAUCAAAUCCUCUAUUGGCCGCUUGUUUGGCAAGAAAGAAAAGGGACGACCUGGACAUGCAAGCAAGGAUACAUUAGGACAAGUUGGCAUGGCAGAAGCAGAUAGUUCCUCUCAGGAUGCAUUAGGUCUCAGCAAGCUUGGAGGACAGGCAGAAAAAAACAGGAAAAUGCAGAAAAAGCAUGAGUUGCUUGAGGAAGCCAGAAGACAAGGUUUACCUUUUGCACAGUGGGAUGGGCCCACUGUGGUUGUGUGGUUGGAGCUCUGGGUUGGGAUGCCAGCCUGGUACGUGGCUGCUUGCCGAGCAAAUGUGAAAAGCGGUGCUAUCAUGUCAGCCUUGUCUGAUACAGAAAUACAGCGUGAAAUUGGAAUUAGUAAUCCUCUGCACAGACUGAAGCUGAGGCUGGCCAUUCAGGAAAUCAUGUCACUAACAAGUCCAUCUGCCCCUCCCACCUCAAGGACGACCACGGGAAAUGUCUGGGUAACACAUGAAGAAAUGGAAAAUCUUACAGCCACACAACAAACGACAUUAGCCUAUGGUGAUAUGAACCACGAGUGGAUUGGCAAUGAAUGGCUCCCUAGUCUGGGGCUCCCUCAGUAUCGCAGCUAUUUCAUGGAGUGUCUUGUUGAUGCUCGAAUGCUGGAUCAUUUAACUAAAAAAGAUCUGCGUGGGCAACUUAAAAUGGUGGACAGCUUUCACAGAAACAGUUUUCAGUGUGGAAUUAUGUGCCUACGAAGACUGAAUUAUGAUAGAAAAGAACUUGAAAGAAAACGAGAAGAAAGCCAGAAUGAAAUUAAGGAUGUUCUUGUCUGGAGCAAUGAAAGAAUGAUCCACUGGGUAGUGUCCAUUGGUCUUAAAGAAUACGCAAAUAACCUUAUAGAGAGCGGAGUUCAUGGUGCACUUGUGGCCUUAGAUGAAUCGUUUGAUUACAAUGCAUUAGCCCUCUUAUUACAAAUACCCACUCAAAACACACAGGCUCGUGCUGUUCUGGAGAAGGAAUUUAAUAACCUUCUUGCUGUGGGCACUGACAGGAGACUUGAUGAAGAUGAUGAUAAGAGCUUUAGGAGAGCACCUUCAUGGAGAAAGAAGUUUAGACCAAAGGACAUAAGAGGUUUAGCUGCUGGAUCAGCAGAGACUCUCCCUGCAAAUUUCAGAGUUACAACCUCAAUGUCUUCACCCUCUAUGCAGCCAAAGAAGAUGCAGAUUGAUGGCAGUGUAUCAGGAACACAAAGAUUGGAUUCUGCUACAGUAAGGACCUACUCCUGUUAAAGCCUUCUCCUGUUUACCCACACUAUUUCUACCGGUGAUAUGCAGCAUUUUGAACAUUUGGAACCCUUAACCUGUUAAUACUUGUUAAAUGGACACUUUGAGAUAUUUUAUUACAGAGUUUUUAAUUAGCAAAGAAAUUCAUGAGUACUAUAGAGAAAAUAUUUUAGAAUCUAAAUGUUUCUUAUAUUUAUGUGACUUCUCAUUUAUAUAGUUACUUACUUUUUCUGUUUUUAUUCAGUCUACAAAUCAAAUCAUUGCUGAUUUUUUUAUUCUAAUUUUAGUCUUUCCAACUGAAUGUACUGUAAUGCUUGUAUGUAUAUGUCCCUAUAAGUAAUAUAGGGUUUUUGUAAAUUAUGCAGUUACUGUAAUUAUCAUUGUUUUUUAAUAAUGAAACUGAAGGUGAAAAGGAUUUUAAUACCUUUGUAAAAGUAUCAUGACACCAAGCAGUAUAUAUUUUGUCUUUUGGAAACGUUAGCUUAGAUCUGAAAACAAGUCCAGCUUUUUUCAGGUAAGCCUAUGUUGUUGCAGAAGGUAUGGUACAUGAUCAUUGUUCUUUGCAGAACUGUACCUUUCCACAAAGAGGAUUUGUCAAGUAGUGGAAAUUUUGUCUUUAUUUAAAAUAUAACUCGUUUUAAAAGCUGAGAGGAACUGUAACACUAUGGAAUGCUCUUAGAAGUGAUUGACUCGGUCAUAACACUCUCCGCUGUGUUUGUAUAGUGUAUGUUCACAGUGACUGAAAACAAGCCAUAAACCAAGAACUGGUUUUAUUUUUUUUUCCUUACCUGAGGAAGAUAGACUUCAUAAUAAUUCCUGGUCGUAAUCCACGGGCCACAGUUUUUUUUGUCCUAGAUCUUUUUGAUUGAAAACACUUGUGGAAAGAUGCUGGUGAAAGUAGUUUUAACGGACCAACUAUGAAGCACUGCAGGCUCAUGUCAAAUGAGUAGUGAAAGAUGAAGGUGCAAGGGGCUGAACACUAAAGCAGUGCAACUUCUAAUAAAGGCCUUACUUUUCUUAUGUAAGUCAUCUUUUGUGUUUUGUAAACUUGUUCUAAAGAGUGUCUGGACUUUAAUUUUGAUGGUUGUAGCCAUUUUGGACUGUAUGAGUAGAAAAUGUAUCCAACACUUGUAAAUGGCAUAUUAAAAAGCCAGCAAGAAUCUGUUCAGAUGGUGCAUUAUUUAUUAUGCAACAAUAUAUAUAGCAUGUCUUUUUUUCUUACUGUUUUCCACUUCUAACUGCUUGUAAAACUGAAAUUCAUUGUUCUGUUUUUCUAUUAAUCUUUUGUGUAUUUUCAGAUUAUGUAACAAUAUGUACAGUCUACUUUUGAACUAUUUUUAUCACAGUAUUAUUUAUUGCUUUCUUUCAAUAAAGUACUGAUGCAUUUUCCACUGCCAAUAAAACACUAUUGGAAAGCUAAGAUCUAAUUGUAUGCAGGCAGAUACUUUUGCAGUGCGUGGAUAUUGUCAAUAAAACAUCUUCAUGAUUGUAGAUCUUGUUUCAGAUGAUGACUUUUCUCCAGUAGAAAAAUGUUCUGCUAAAUGUGACAUUUUCUUUGGAAUUGUUCAAGUUCACAUGCGUUAAUCGGUUUUGGAAAACCAGUUUUCAGAAGAAAACUGCUUUACUGCCUACUUCUACUAGUAGUUAGAGCUAUGAUUUACUUUUUUUUUAAAAAAGUAACGAAAACUAUGUCACAACUUCAGUGUGUUCUGGUCCACAUGAUGAAGAUUGAAGUGCUGUUCGAUACCGAAGCAACAGUUGCUUUGUUAAGAAAUGAGAUUAUGACCAUGGUGAUAUUUGGGGGAGGAACAUAGGAAUCGAGGGAACCAAUACAAAAUUGGGUCACAACAGGGCUGUUUAUGUCAAUUUUAAUACAUUUGUAAACCAUUUCUUGUGUAGAAGAGAAGACAGAAGGAUAAACUUAAGAAAUAAUUGAAGCAGUAGCGAAACACAUUUCAUCAUGUCCUCUAGAUCAACAGCAGGAUGUGGAAUGCAUGGAAUGGAGAAAUAUUGUGAUUGAUGCUUUAAACAUUGUUCAGUAAUGCGUCUCUGUUUGUCUAGCUUGUCUGUAUGAGUUGCUGUCUGAUCAUUUGCAGUCUCUUUUAUAUUUUCAGAGAAUCUAUCUUUCUAGAAAAAGCUAAAAUGAAACUGCAGAAGGAGAUCCUGACUCACUGUUCAACUAAACGUCACUGUUUAGAAGAAAAUUGCAUAGACAUUUCUGGUCACUGAUGUGAUAGUAGGUGUUCAAAGUCAUGUAUUGUUGCUUCUCAAAAGUGAAAACAACGCGGAAUAGACUUGUAAAAUGUGAAAAGAAAAUACGUUUAUUAUUUUAAGGCUGUAAAACCUUAACUGUUAUGGAACAAUGGAAUUGACAUGAGAGCUAGAAUAAAUGAGUGAAAUAGAAAAAGCUUUCACGAACUGGCAAA